GCUGAUUGGUCAGCAGACCCGUCUCUCAGCUGACAGGAAGCACAGGCACAAACCAAACAGCACUCUCUCAGACAGCGGGCUGCUGUUGUCGGCUUAGACAUGAAUUCCUUGGAGCAGGCCGAAGACCUGAAGGCUUUUGAGAGAAGGCUGACAGAGUACGUCUCCUGUUUACAGCCUGCAACAGGCAGGUGGAGAAUGAUUUUGAUAGUGGUGUCUGUUUGCACAGCCACGGGGGCUUGGAACUGGUUAAUAGACCCAGACACUCAAAAGGUUUCUUUCUUUUCAUCACUUUGGAAUCAUCCCUUCUUCACCAUCAGCUGCAUCACCCUAAUAGCUCUCUUCUUUGCCGGGAUUCACAAACGAGUCGUGGCACCCUCGAUAAUUGCUGCCCGCUGCCGGACAGUUUUAGCAGAAUACAACAUGUCCUGUGAUGAUACGGGAAAACUCAUUCUCAAGCCGCGGCCGAAUAUUCAGUAACCAACGCCCAGCGUGGUCUGUUCAGUUAGUCUCCAUCUGUUGUUCACCUCUCAUGGGUCCUUCAAGCAGCCUGAGCAUCGGCGAGGGGCACGACGCCGAGGAGGAUUUCAUCAUCCCGAUGAUUUGGAACUAAGGAAUGGACAGAUAUAGGCUUUUUUAAAAGUGUGACUGUGAUAUUAUCGUUAAUGAAGCUGCUGAUCGGCUCACACGACCCCUAAUGUAUUUUACGAGUCUGAAUAUAGAUGUGUUUAUUUCUGUUUCUGAAGUCGAGCAUGUAUUUUAUCGAAAUGUUUCUAUUUUUAAAUUUAUUUACCAAAUAAACACACAGUGUUAACAUUUCUA